AUGGAUAAGCAGAGAAACUGGCAAGAAAACUCCAUCUCAGUGGAAAACUGGAGGAGAAAGAAACGGCCAACAAUGCUUUUGGAGAUCGGAAAGGAAAUGGAGGCCUUGAAAGAGAAAGCAGAAGCAGCGAAAAAUGCUCUUCUUGUGGCUGAGCAACAAAAGAAUAAGGAAUUGGAGAUAUUGAAGAAUAAACUUAUUGGUGAAAUAAAGGAUGAAGUACAAAAAGCCGAGGCCAAGAUGCAGUGGAAAUAUCAGCAGCAAGCGAGAAAGGAACGAGAGGCUGGAGAAAAACACCUGGCUCAGGAAAUCCAGCAGACAAUUCAGAAAUGUGAAGCUGAAAAGGAGAAGCUUGUACAGGAAGCCAUAGAGGAACAAAAGGCCAUUGCAUUGCAAAACCUUGAGGAAGUAGUAUUAAAGAUAAAAAUUGAUGCUGAACACCAGAAAGAAUCCCGGGUGCAAGAAUCUCUGCAGAGCCAGAAAGCUGAGUAUGAGAAAAUAAUUCUACAGGAAGUAGCUAAAGCUCGCCAGGAAGAGAAGGAAUUAGCUGAAGUCCCAAUUGUUGUCUUACAAAGCAGACAUCAAUCUGAAAUAGACCAGUUAAAAAAGAUGCUGUGUGAUAAAGACGUUAAUCUCAAAGAUGUUUAUGAGCGUGUGGAAACCAUGACCAUUUUGGAACUGGAGCUGGAGAUGGAGUUACGGGAGACAAGACAGGCUUUCCAAGACUAUAUUAAUCUCACUUUUCCAAAUUUACCUCCGGAACAGUUAGAAUUCAUCCUCCCAUCUCGACCGAUGUGCAGAGAUUCUUCCAACGCAUUGCACAUUUGCAAACCUCACAAAGCUCAAAGCCGUCCACAAAAUUAA